GUAGGAUAGGUCGUGUUAGGGGGCGAGUAGCUAACAAUAGUGAUUUGUUAAAACCACCCCCUGCUGGUGUAUCUUUCCAGUUGAACAAGGUUCUUAGUUCUAUGAGGAGAGACAAUGUUGGUCUGGUUGUCAAGAAUGAUUCUUUGAUUCUGGAAGUUGCCAAACGUGAAUACCUCAGACUUGGCCACGAUGUUACACAACAUGGCUACAUUCGGAACAAACUACGAGAACUUGGUCGUCUUGUUAUACAACUGAGAAAAAACACCCACCAACCAAAUGCAUCACUGGAAGUAUUCGUGCAUCCCCGCCAUCUGAAUGAUAUCGUCAAGGCUGUUCAUGAUGUCGCCGGCUUCAGUGAAGGAAAACAGAUGUAUCACGUUCCAUCUCUAGCACUCAAGAUUGGACACUCCAUCAAGAGAUGUGCACUCAUACUGCAAGCAAGUGCUUUAGAGUUUAAUCUUAGGCAAAAAGCGGAACAGACCGAACAGUUUAGGCAGUUAUGUGAAAUUAAGUGGCCAGAACUUGUGUCAACCCAUGCCCACAGAACACUGUACCAAGGAAAGCGCAACAAACGUGCUGAUCUCCCCACAAAUGCAGAUGUGGUGAAAAUCUCAUCGUUCCUUCAUGAAACUGGCAACAGGGAAGUGCAGCUCCUACACUCUGCUAAGGGCCAUGAAAUUACACCAGCUUGGAAGAAAUUAAAUGAAGUCACACUGUGCCAUCUCAUUAUCUUCAACCGCAGACGACAGGGGGAAGUAUCCAAAAUGAAACUGGAAGAUUUUCACAAGCGCAGUAGUGCAGCCAUUGUGAAAGGUGAUUGCGUGAUGACUGAUCUUGAACGCCACCUCUGUAAAAUGUUCCAAGUCAUUGAAAUAGUUGGUAAGAGGGGCAGAACUGUUCCUGUGCUUCUUGGUACUGAUGUGAUGGCGUGGUUGAAGGCUCUGGUCGCAAAUAGAAAUGCAGCUGGAGUGGCACAAGACAAUAUAUUCUUAUUCGCACGAAGUUGUUACGGAGGCUCAGGUCAUAUACGAGGAAGCGACUGUCUACGAGCAUAUGCAAAUGAGGCGGGCCUUGAGAAUGCUGGUAGCAUGCGGUCUACAAAGCUUCGUAAACAUGUAGCGACUGUUUCACAAAUUCUGGCCUUGAAUGAACAUCAGCUUGAAACACUUGCAGACUUCAUGGGUCAUGAUUUGCGGGUCCAUCGCGAGUACUACCAGUUGCCAGACACUGUCCAGAGGGUUACCAAACUGUCUAGACUUUUCCUCAGCUUGGAGAGAGGCAACUUGGUUUCGCAACAUGGCAAAUCUUUGGAGGAGUUGCAUGUUACUGGAGAAGGCUUCACCAGCGAUGAGGACAGCAGUGAUUCAGGUGACUCGUGUGACCCAGCUUUGGAGGACAGUGUUGAUGCCAGAAGGCCACCAACCCAAACGGAUCCAGCUCCAAAAGCUCGACAAGUCAAGCGUCGACAAUUCAAGCGACGCCCCUGGACUGCCCAGGAAAAGAAAGACGUAACUGAGGGCUUGCAGAGAUUCAUUUUGCUGAAGAAGAUUCCAGGAAAACGUGACAUUGAAUCAUCCUGUCCUGUGGCAUUGCAGACCAGAACUUGGAAAAACAUUAAGGACUUUUGUAGAAACACGAUGACACUUAAACAAAGUUAAGGUCUCCUGCACCACCAAAGUACAGUCAUAACCUAGAGUGACUCUGUAGGCACAGCCAAAUGAUUAGUCUAGACCUUUGGCCUGCCCCCCCCCCCUCCCCCAAAGAACAAGAAAAUCGUGUACCACCCCCAAAAACAUUUCCCAGAAGGCCAGUAUACACAUUCACAUUAGUGAACCGCAAGAAAAAGGAUUCAUGUGUUAUGUCCUCACAUCGAUAGGUACCAUUCGACUUUUGGCAAUGUCCUCCAUUGGAUAGUAUUAAAAGUAUGUCCUCAAUCUGCAGUGUACACAUGUAUUGGUGUGUGU